AAAUUGAAAGAAAGGAAAGAAAAGGAGAAUGCAGAGAUUGGCACUCGCGCGCAAUGCGCCGCGACCUUUAAUGGGCGCUGAUGGGCGCAGUCUCCCUGGAACCUGGAAUCCGCAAUUGCUUCCUCCCAAUCCCAGUCGCGGAGAGUGUAUGUUCUCGUUUGAGACGCGGUUUCCUCUCUUUCCCUCUUUAUCUCUCCCUUUUUUCUUGUUUUUUGUGCGCAUAUAGUGUACGCAUAUUAUAAUUAUUAAAAUCAGUCCGCGUUCGUCAGCGUCGACGUCAACCAACACUGCCAUUGUGAGAGAUCUGUUAUUCCGUCCGCUCCGAAAAAGAAAGAAAAAAAUAUUUUGCGCGAGGGGUUGCUUUCGUCCAAUAACAUGUAUUGCAAGCUAGCCGCGAUGAAAGCCGUUGACCCGCGUGCCCGUUAAUUAACCCUAUCUCCCUCCCCCUCUACUAUGCGAGAUCAUCGCGCGAAAUCCUUGACGUACGUUAUUUCGCGACCCACAACAUAUCUCUGUGUUAAUUAAAGAGAUUCGCGAUUCUCUUUCGCCGGUAUAUCGACGCAGCGUACUUGGAAAAUUUCGUAUUCGAAAAUUGUGGACGAUGGUUUAUGAGCACCGCUCCGGAAUGAUGUCGUUGGUCGUUCGUCUUUAAGAAUCUGUCGAUCUCGGCUACGAAGUUACACUCUUCGUCGCGCGUGUUUUAUCACUUGGACUGCGAAUUCAGAAAUAAAAUGAUUAUGUAUACGGUUGCGGAAGAUCACAUGGGCGAUACCGAAAUCGCGCAGGUGAUUGCAUUCAUAUGUGGUAUCAUAGUGGUAUUGCUGAUGAUAAUGGGUCUGGCAUCGACUGAUUGGCUGAUGGCUCUGGGAUGGAGACAAGGCUUAUUUGCCCAUUGCAUCGAAGAAGGUGCCCCAACUCCACUUCCAUUUAACAUGCCUGAUCCUCCAGGAUGUUAUCCUGCAAGAGAUAGCGCUUAUAUAAAAGCAGCUGCAGCCUUAUGUGUAGUUUGCCUUCUAACAGAUAUUGCUGCGACAAUUCUCACUGGUUUGGGUUUGCGUACACAGGAUUAUAGAGACAAGCACAAAUAUUAUAGAUUUGCAGUGUUUUGUAUGGCUAUUGCAUUGGUGUCUCUCUUGAUAGCAUUAAUCAUAUAUCCCAUAUGUUUUGCAGCAGAAUUGAAUCUCGGAAAUCGAACCAAUUGGGAAUUUGGUUGGGCAUAUGGUGUUGGUUGGGGCGCAGUCAUCUUUCUGGUUGGCGGAGCAGUUCUGCUGUUAUGUGAGAAAGAAAGUGAAGAAAUUUAUUACAAGGAAAAAAAGACUGUUCGUGACGAUAUAGGAAGUGGUGGUUCCAUGAUUGGCAUGGGACAUCAUGCUGGACGAAGUGGUACGCAGCUAGCCUAGUGGCAUUGCUCCCUGCCCGAUGUUGUUCUCUAGGCGAUUUAUCUUUUUCUGCUUUCACAGUUCAACACAUAUGCAUACAAGAAGACAUACAAGCUUAUAAGACAGUUUUUUGAUAGGGUCUUUUUUGGCUCUAAUGCAAAGAAAACUCUUUACAGAUUCUCUGACAAAACUUUCCUUAAUAUACAAGUGUUGAAACAUCAAUAGUCUCUUCAUAAUAAUAUACGUAAGAAUAAAAAUAAUCUGCAAAUUAAUGUUUAUAUAAGAGAUAGAAAAUUAUCGCGUUUAUUUAAUAUUUUAUUAAACUCUAAAUUACAUAGAGAAGAGAAAGAAAAAAUUUUAUUAUUAAGAUAUUCAAUAUUGAAAAUUGAUGAGAUAAGAGAAAGAAUGGCAUUAAAUAUUUAUUGAGAAACAAUGGACUUAAAAUUAGUCAAAGAAUCUGUAAGUCAGUUUUUAUUGUAGCUGUUUGGAAAUAUCUGGAAUAGACAUAAUUUGAGUUUAUUAGAUGGAUGUGUAUUCGAGUUAUUAUCAGUUUGACACAUAGAAUAUAUCAUAACAUCUUGUUAAAAAGAGUAACAAGCAAUCUUUUCAUUUUAGAUUAUUCUUUAUGUAACAGUCACAACUUUUAUACUGACAAUUUCGGGACCAUUAUUAGCUUGAUUCUGUUAAUAUAUUUCCUACAUCAUGCAUAAUCUUGGACAAUUUUAUAUACAUGUAUAUGUUUUUGACUGUAAUUUAAAAUUGGAAAGCUUAUCUACGCGUAUAAUAUAUACGACGCUGCAUUUAUUAUCCAUAAACUGAAUUAAUAAGAAUAUUAUAUUCCAUAUCGAGUCUGAGACAUAAGAAACAAUUUAAGCAAAAAUUUCAUAUUUCUUUCACAUAAAUAUGUACACAUAUAACUGAUAUCAAUUAAUGAGUUUGCUAAUAAACUUUAUAUUUUUUUAUUUGUUUUUAUUUAAUAUUAAAUAUAAUUAGAAACAGCCAAAUAGAGAUUUUCUAUUAAAAAGUUUAUUUUCUAUUAGAUGAAAGAUUUCUUAUCUGUAUGCACUAGGUUUUUCAGACGAUUUGUUAGAAUAUCUGGACAUGUAUAUUCUUUAUGAUAUCAAAAUUCAUCCGGUCUCUUAAAUAUCUAUUGUUUCCGCAUUCAAACAAAUAGCGUCCCUUUAAACUUUAUUUAAUAUUUGCAAUUGACAGCUCGAAAUUUUAAAGAUGCAAACAGAUAUGAAAAAGCUUUAUUCAUUUUUAAAUUUUGAGUAAAUUUAUUUUCAAGUAUUUUCACAAUAUUUUAGUGGAAGGCUUUAAUAAUAUAUAUGUUGAAAUUGUUGAAUCGGAUAACGUCCGAUAAAACUUUCGAUCCAUAAAAAAAUCGAGAUUUAUUCAAUCUUGAUGCAUGGGACGCUAUUUAGUAACAUAAUUAUGUCUAAGUUAUCAUUUUAUAAACAAUAUCUUUAUUUUUUAUCACUCCCGCAUAAUUCACGUUUUUCUACAAUGAUCAACAUAUCAUGUUUUAUUUACUUUAUAAUCGUAUUUUAUUUAUACAGGUCGUUUCAGGAAAAAUGAAAUAAAAUCUUUAGAGAUGUUAUUCAAUUUUAAGCAAAAAAAGUAAUAUGGACAUAUAUAUAAGUCUGAUUCGAAAAAUCGUAAUAAUUUUAAGAACAAUAGAAAAAUGUGGAGAAAUUUGUUUAUUUGUUUAUUAAGGAAAAUGUAAUAUGAAGAUACAAUAAUUUAUUCAGUAAGAGAUAAUGCAAAACUGUUGUUUCCAAACAAUUUAUACUUUUAAUAUAUUGUCUAAGUAAACAUCCUUUUCAAUUGAAAAUAUGUCCAUUAAAUAUAUAUUUUCUUAAAAACAUUUGAGUAACACCGUCCAAACAAUCAGAAUAUUUCUACUGGAACAACCUGUAUAUUUAUAAUCGAAAUUUUUAAUAAUUAAAUGAUUAAAAAGAAGAUAUAUACAAAUUAUUAGUUUAUUAAAUCAAAAUUUGUAUCUAUUUUUUUAAGUGAAAUUAUAAUUGAAAAAAUGAUGCAUAAAACUUUAUUAUAAAAGAAGAUGCCCAACUUUUUGAGAAAAAUGCAUCAAAAGUAUUUUUGCUUUAUCUUACAGAAUAUUCGUCCGAAAAAUUAUGAUUGGACAAUUGCAAUUAUAAUUGCUUUCAAGAAUAUUCUGUAAGAUGAAUAAAAAUAAAAUUUUUAUCUAUGUAUCUUUUUCCAGUUGCUGCCUUAAUCAUAUAUUAUUAUUUUUUAUUUUUAUCGUAAAAAAAUUUUUCAAAAGAUAAUAUAUGAUAUAUAUAUUAUCUUAAACUUUUUAUAAAUGUAUAUAUAAUACAUAUACUGAUAAUUUAUUAUUAAUUUCUAUGCACAUAUAUACAUUCUUCUUUUUGCUCUUUUUACUUUCCCUCCGUUUCUUCUUUUUUUUUUCUUUCAUUUAAUUUCAUAUAAUUUCAUAUUUAAUUUCAUAUAAUCUACGUAUAUUACUAAUAUAUACAUAUAUAAGUAUAUUUAUAUAUAUUAAAAUCUACCACUUUUAUUGCAAUAAAUAAAUUUAAUAUAAUUAUAAGUUUUCAAUAUGUAUAGCAUGAGAGUACACAUUCUGAGCGGAGGAAACACAGUUUACUUAAUAUAUACUGUUUGAUAUAUAAACUUACACUAAAGAGAGCCUUAUAAUUUUAGUUUUAUAUUUUAUUAUUAUGAUGGCUGUAAAUUUCUUUGUUUUGUAAUAAGCAACUUUAUUGCAGACUAAGACAGCUCUUUAAGUAUUUAUUGUUAAACAUUAAAACGAUGGUAUAUAGCUGAGAUGAUAUACAAGUAUUGUUUGAACCAUAUUAAUUAUUUAUAUAUGUUUCAUUAAUUAAUUGAAAAAAAUGAAUAUUUCUUAUGAUAGAAAAAUGGCUUGACUGAAGUCUAUUUGUUACUCGAUUAUUGUAUAUGCUGAUCAUCUUCAUCCACUUUACAUUGUCUGCAAUGAUUGCAAACAUUAUGGAAAAAAAAGACUGUAGUAACAUAUAUGGAAAUGGAACUUGUGCAGCAUGAAAACGAUCAAGCUCUUUCAAAUGCUUGAAAACAAAGUUCUAAACAUUGUAAAGCGAUGCAUAGCGAUGUUCACCAUUUGUAGCGAAUCAUGAACUUAUUACCUCAUAUAUUUUUUAAGUUAAUUAUAAAGCACAAAAUGUUAAGUAUGGGAUGGAACAGAGGCAGCUCGGGCAGAUGUUAUUUAUUGCGUUAUUUACUGCAUUAGAUACGUGUACGUAUAUGUGUGUAUAUAUAUGUAUAUAUAUAUAUAUAUAUAUAUAUAGAUAUAAUAUUUUAUAACUGUAUGUAGUUUUUAGCAUUAUAUACACACACACAAAUAUGUAAUAGUCUGAUGCAUGCAAUUUAAAGUAUACAGUGAAUAUGGUCUAUGUUAAUGCAUUGAAUUCUUUUUUCGGAUGAUAUCGAUUUAUAACUACUUUUCAAAAGCUAGAUUGCUCGACUCCUUUUUUUAUAAAUUUAUUAAUUUUAGUAUCAGAGCACUAAUCAUAUGUGCUCUCUGAUACUAAAAUUGAAAAAUUUACAAAAAGUAAAUUUGAUCAGUUUGGCUUUUAAGAAGCUCAAUUAUCAAUACAAUUUCUAUAUAUUUUAAAAGAAAUGGGAUAACGCGUGCAAAAGCAUGUUUAUAUACUAAAUUUUGAGCAUGUUUAGUUAAUAUAAUUAAGAGAGAAAAAAAGACGAAAGAAAUAUACUAAAUAAAUUCGAGAGACUAUUAAGAAUUGAAUACAAUGUUAUUACAUUAUAUUCCGCUUAUACAAUAGAUUUUAUAUUCUGUAACUGCUUAAUCUCCCUUUUUACCGCAAUAGUACUCUAACUCUAUUAUAAGAAACAAUAUUGCGAUAUAAGGAAUUAGUAAGAAAUUACAAAAUGUAUGUAAUAAAUUUAAAGUGAUUUCUAUAUAUCAUGUGCACAUAACAUAUAAGACAAUCUGUUAUGUCAGUCUGACUGUAUGUAAUUCUGUCGUCUAUUUGCAAAGAAGAGAAAGAAAUGCGAUAAAGGUAUAAUAAUUAUAGAAAUAUAUUAAUAUACAAAAAUUAGAAAUAGAUUAUCUAUAAUGAAACAUAUCCAAAUAUGCGUUUUAAUAAAAUUAAGGAAUUUAUAUAUAUAUAUAUAUAUAUAUAUAUAUAUAUAUAUAUAUAUAUAUAUAUAUUAUGUAGAUUAAAAAUAUUUAAGAUUUUUGAAAUAAGUUUUUCCACACGAUUAAUGAUAUGUGGGUGUAAGUUUACAUAUAUUGGAUGUUUUUGCGUCAACGUUUGCAAAUUUGCGACAGAAUCGCAAUCGCUAUAUGUAAUCAUCAGAUUUAUCAUUUUAUACUCUAUUUAGUAGCAAUUUUUGUUUAAAUAGAAUUGUACAACAAUACACAUAACAAUCGUAAAAAUAUAUCAUCGUUGACUUACAUUACAUAUGAUUAGGUAUCCACAGCAACAUUUUGUAUAGUACUUUAAAGCAUAUACAUAUCACACUUAUCAUAAUAAGUAUAUCGUUACAUGUAUUAGUAUGGAUCGUAAAUUGACAUAUUAUUUGUGCGCCAUAUUCCAAUGUAUUGAUAUUGAUUAAGAUAUUGAUUAUUGUACAAAAGAACAUAAUAUAAUGUUAAAGCUGUAA